AUGCCGGUCACUACGAGAUCACAAAAACGCAAGGGGGACGGAAUCAUCAGUGACACUCCUAAGAAGCUGUACCAAGGCAGUAUUUUGGAGCCCCUGGAAUUGGGCAAAUCGGGAUCUGAAGAUAUCAUUAUCCUCGUCGGGCCUCGACAAAGCCACUUCAAAGUCAACAAAGCGGUCCUAUUCAAUACCUCAAACUUUUUCAAGGCAGCAUUGAAGCCAAAUACCUUCAAAGAAGGGAACGACAGUGUCAUUCGGCUCCCAGACAUUGAGCCCACUGUAUUCAACAAUAUCAUAAAGUGGAUAUCCAAAAAGACGACCUACGAAAUAUUAGCUUUGACGGAAUAUCCCAAGAUCGUCUCAAUUUUCAAGACAGCAGACUAUCUUCUCAUUGAUGGCUUCAAACUAGAGAUUAUCAUGGAUAUCGCGUACCGCGUGGCAACUUACCUGCAAGAUACAUAUCUAGAGAAAGCAAUGACGAGUUAUAAAAGCAAAAUGGGUCCACAGGCUAUCAUCCAUAAGUCAAUUGAUCCAAAAACCGCCAUCGAAGUAAUGUCAUCUAUAUAUCAAUAUUCGAAUUGUGAUGACAUGAAACACUUCCAACGAUGCCUCCUGGUAAUCGCUGUCGCUACGGAGGAAGUAAAAGCUCUCCAAGAUGACGAACGAUGGGAACACGGGUUUAUAGCUAUGUGGAAUACAGCCAAGGAAAGUAUCGAAAACUCACAAAAAUGCCGACGUUGUAACACAUUCUGGGAAAAGGUUGAUGGGUGUGCGCGGCGAAUGUUACCUUGGAGCAACCAGGAAUGUACUUGCUGGCGCCGGUUUUUUAAUCAGGGGUAUGCAUAA